AUGCAGUUCGCCAGCGGCAGCAGCGCUGCGAGCAGUCCCAGAUUCAACGUCCCGUUUCGAGAGAUCAGGCUGCCAACGCCGAAUCGGGGUCCCUCUUCUUGCUUUCGAACCACUGUUCGAAGCAAAGCUCGCAGGAUCGUCCAGACUUCCAUAACCAAUGAAAUCCACGCUGCCGAGUAUGAAUUCCCAGACGAGGCUUUGCCAACCGACUCCGGCUAUCUCCCCAUUGACGAGUCGAGCGAGUCUCGCCUCUUUUACGUUUACUACGAAGCAAGCAAGCCAGACACCGAGCUGGAAAUCUCACCGAUUAUGGUGUGGCUCAACGGCGGACCCGGUUGCUCCAGCUUAAUCGGUUGCUUCUACGAGCUCGGCCCAUGGAUUGUCCAAGAGAACUUCAGCUUGCAAAAAAAUCCAGGAGCGUGGAACCGAAGGUGUGGGAUUUUGUUUGUAGACAAUCCAAUUGGGACUGGCUUCAGUAUUGCAACGUCGGAGCUCGAGGUUCCAAGGUGCCAGGAAACGGUAGCUCUUCAUUUGCACAACGCGCUGUCGACUUUCAUGGAGCAAAAGAGCUUUACAAAGCGUCCAUUGGUUCUUGCUGGAGAGAGCUACGCGGGGAAGUACUUGCCGGCUCUCGCUCACCAUAUUCUGACCAGGAAGAACGGGAAUGGUCUGAGCUCUCAGCUCUCUGGAGUUGCCAUUGGAAACGGGUUGAUACAUCCAAGAACACAGGUGCAAAUGCACGCCGAAGUUGCCUUUUGUUUUGGGCUUUUAGACAAGCAGCAAAGCCAAUACGUUCAAGAGCUCGCUCGAGAAGUCGUCGAGCUUAUUGAUAGGGAAGAUUGGUUAGCUGCACACGACCAGAGAACUUACCUUUGCAAGUGGAUUGAAACAACGAGCGGCAUUCCGACGCUUUUGGAUGUAAGACGCUCCUCGAGAUACCAUCGCCGAGAGGAUGGAACCGACUAUCUGGCAGAGUUUCUGAAUCUACCGCACGUAAGAACGAGCCUCAAAGUGGAUCCGACCGCUCUAAACUUCGCGUGCUGCCGUAAAUCGGUGAAACUUCUCAUGGCAGAGGACACCAUGAAGAGCACGAAGUGGAUGCUGGAGACGGUCCUAAAGAAGGGGCUGCCAGUGCUGCUCUACCAGGGAGUUUACGAUGCCAAGGACGGUGCCGCAUCCUCGGAAGCUUGGAUGCGCUCCCUCAACUGGGAAUACGUAGACAGGUUUUGGAAAUCGCCCAGAGAGAUCUGGAAAGUCAUGGGAGACAAAGCGGGCUACUGGAGGCAAGGCCGGAAUCUCACACACGUUGUCAUCGCUGGAGCCGGACAUGAGGUUCCAGCGGAUCAACCAGUGUGCUCUCGCGCCAUGAUAGAAACAUGGAUGGCCGGAUUAGCGUGCUGGAAAGCAAAGUUAUAGCGCAAAUGUCUUGUUUUGAAAUUUAAGGACGCGGGGUUAUU